CAGAUUUACCCUCUAUGCUGUAGACACCCGUGGGAGGCACUCAGAACUGAGCACCAUCACGCUGAGAACAGCUUGUCCACUGGUGGACGACACCAAAGCAGAAGAGGUAGCAGAUAAGAUCUACAACUUGUACAAUGGCUACACCAGUGGGAAGGAGCAACAAACAGCCUACAACACCCUCAUGGAAAUCUCUGCUUCCAUGCUUUCCCGAGUCCAGCAUCACUACAACUCCCACUACGAGAAAUUUGGGGACUUUGUCUGGCGUAGCGAGGAUGAGCUCGGGCCCAGAAAAGCGCAUCUCAUCUUACGACGGCUGGAGAAAGUCAGUAACCACUGUUCGAGUUUGCUACGCAGCGUCUACAUCCAGAGCAGGACUGACACCAUGCCUUACUUAUUCUGUCGGAGCGAGGAGGACCGAUCCCCUGGCAUGGUUUGGUACAACGUUUUGAAGGACACCAAAAUCACCUGCGAAGAGAAGAUGAUCUCUCUGCUGCGCAACAUGUACGGCGACUCCAAGGGACGAUGAAAAAAACAAAACAAAAAACCAACCUACCGGGCCGGCCAACUGAGGCACGACGGGGGCAGAGGCACUCACUCUCCUCCCCCACACCCCAGCUCAAGCGAGUCAAAGACAUGUGGUACACCUAUCAUUUGACGGACGGGAGAAUCAGCUGGAGAAUCCACGGCCAUCCUAGGGGCAAAGCCAGAUCCCUCCCUCUCUCCCUCCCUUCCCUUUGCUUAGGGUUCUCUCUCUUUUUAUUAAAAAAUAAUAAUAACAAUUAUUAUUUAAGAAGGAAGUCCAUCGUUUCGCUCCAUCCAAGAGGAGGGGGGAAAAAAUAAUAAAUAAAGGCGACCUCCUUUUCUGUUUCUCCUAAUUAAAAUCUCCAAAAUUGAGAGCCACAGAUGGGGGAGAGACAGCUCAGCUGGUGGGAUGGGGGCGGCGGGGGGGGGGGGGAGGACCCACAAGUGGUCGACUUGGGAGGGCGACAGUGACUGACUCACCUUAGAUUUUUUUCCUCCGAGGGAACCGAUGCUUGGGUAACGUGAGAAUUUUAGGCCGGAAGUACAGAAGGACCUACGUUUUUGGAAAGGUGCUCGCAUCCUUGAAGGCAGUUCACAGCGAACCGGAGAAAGAACUUUGCUAGUGGGCCAUUACGAGAACGGUGGUACGUAUCAAACAUACACCAGGUGUCAAAAAAUAAAAUAAAAUAAAAUAAAUAAAGGCUCCUUGGGGGAUUGUCGCUAUCAGUAUCCUGACAGGUUGUUCUGUGCAUUAAAACAUUCAUAUUUACUUCCAA